AUGUCUACGAAUGCCGAGCCGGCGAUGGUCGUGGUCGACGACGGGCAUGCCCCAGCGCUCGCCACCAACACCCACAACGAUGAAGCUCCCCUCGAACGUCGGCCGUCACUCACAGAAGCACUCACACUUCGUCGCAAUCUGCUGCAGUCGCUGUGGACUGGUGUUAGACAACUACCACGAGGUCGGCGAAUCGUGCUCAUGAUUCGACUCGCCGUGUCGUUCGCUCAGAUAGUCGCCUACAUCCCCAUCCUCGCUCUUCCCGGCUCUAAUCGCACAUCGCCGUCCCAUGAAGAAGGUCGAGUCUGCAUUCCAGACAGCCUCUUCAAGUACAUCGUUGUUCACAUUGUUCGACUCGCUCUCGACAUCCCCGUCGAGCUUUACCUUGGCUUGAGCCCUCAUCGAACACGACAGGGUCGUCGAGCUGGACCUGAAGCCCGCGCCGCAGCAGAACGCAGUCGUCCUCUUGGCUCCGAAUACCUCGAUAUCAAGGUUGGCAAGAUCAGCACCUUGCUUGGCAUUGCAUCGCUCGUUAUCUUCUUUGUCGGCAACGCGAUCGUCUACAGCUCCACAGAGUGCUCACGUCGACCAGCAGAGGCCGUGCCACUGUUCUGGGCAGCGCUGUCUUCGUUGAUCAUCGUCUACAUCUUUAUCGUCGAGAUUGCAGUUCUCGCCUUCUUGAUCGUAUGCGCUUUGCCACUGCUGAUUGUGAUCAUGCGUGCUUUGGGGCUUCAGCAUCGCCUGCCGCAGAGGGAGUUGCAUCCAGAGACAGGCAAGAUUGAUCAAUCGGAAGUAGAUAAGCGUGCCAAACUGGUCUACUACACGCCUGCGGAAGAGGAUGAGGUGGGUCAGGGAGCUGAAGGAGAAGUUAGUGGACAGGCAGAGCCAGGCACGCCGACUUCGCAACUGAAUAGCACGCUUGAGGAGGCAAGACAAGUCGCAGCGGGUGGCGAUCCCGCAGCAGUACGACCUGGACUUGAAUCAAGACGACCGACGCAAGAAUCAAUACAAAGCGCAUCAGAAGCUGCUCUUGGACCAUUCGGUCGUCUCACCCGUCUCAUCAUUGCCAGACGACGCUCCUCACCCGCUACCUCCGGCCGCAACAAUCAUGGCAAAUCAUCCGCAACACCAGCUGCCUCAUCAUACUCAGCAACACCGACUGCCGAAUCCAACCACUCCUCAUCAGCAACGACCAACACCAAAAGCAAAACAUCCAAAAAGGGAAAACUCAAGUACCCACUCCACCCACUACCGGCACAUCGAGCUACUUGUCCCAUCUGUCUAUGCGACUUUGAGGAACCAGAACCGGAUCAAGAGCCAGAACCGGAACCGUUGAGGUUGUUGGAGUGCGGACACGUGAUGCAUAGGAGUUGUGUGGAUCAGUGGUUGACGACUGUUUCUGGUAGAUGUCCUGUUUGUCAAAAGGCCGUUAUUCCGGAGAUGGAGAGUAAGAGGGCGGAAACUACUGCAAAUGCGAAUGCGAACGCAGACGCAAGGGUCAACCAGAAUGAGAGUUUGGCAGGAGUUCAAGUUGCAGAGGUUCCAAAUGGACAACCGAUCAACGAACAUGGAGAAACUCCAACAGCAGCGCGUAUUGAAUCAGUGAACGCAGCCAAUGCUUCCUCGACGACAGCAGAGACGGCAGCAGAAACAUCGGCAGCAGUAUCGGCUCCAGCAACAACAGAAGUCGAGGCACCGGUGUCACCAUCAUCUCCGCUCGUGAGCGGAGCCAAUGCAGUCGAAUCGACACAGGAGUCGCAUGAGUUGCAAGCCAUCACUCGAAAGCAUAGUCACGCCUCUCCGUCUUGA